GCAUUUCUCAGUUAUUGUGGACCCGCCCUCUGAUCUGCUGCUUCACGAGUGCAAAAAUCUCAAGUACCAAAUCUUUUUACACAAGUAGAGCUGUGGGUAGCUUGUUCCAGCUGCCAGCAUGUCUGGCACUGCCACAGUGCUACAGCAGUUUGUGAGCGGCCUCAAGAGUCGCAAUGAAGACACACGUGCCAAAGCUGCCAAAGAACUCCAGCACUAUGUCACCACUGAACUCAGAGAGCUGAGCCAAGAUGAAGCCACUACAUUUUAUGAUGAACUAAACCACCAUAUAUUUGAGCUGGUUUCCAGCUCAGAUGUGAAUGAGAAGAAAGGCGGUAUCCUUGCUAUAGUGAGUUUGAUUGGCGUUGAAGGGGGCAAUGCCACCAGGAUCAGCCGCUUUGCCAACUACCUGCGUAACCUGCUGCCUUCCAGUGACUCUGUUGUCAUGGAGAUGGCCUCUAAAGCCAUGGGUCACCUGUCAAUGGCAGGAGACACUUUCACAGCAGAGUAUGUUGAGUUCGAGGUGAAGAGAGCUCUGGAGUGGCUGGGAGCAGACAGGAAUGAGGGCAGACGGCACGCUGCGGUUCUGGUUCUGCGGGAGCUGGCUGUCAGUGCGCCUACAUUCUUCUUCCAGCAGGUGCAGCCAUUUUUUGACAACAUCUUCUUUGCGGUGUGGGACUCGAAGCAGGCGAUCCGGGAGGGUGCGGUGUCUGCACUCAGAGCCUGUCUGAUACUCACCACACAGAGAGAGACCAAAGAGAUGCAGAAACCUCAAUGGUAUAAGCAAACUUUUGAGGAAGCUGAGAAGGGUUUUGAUGAGACUCUGGCUAAAGAGAAGGGCAUGAACAAAGACGAUCGGGUGCAUGGAGCUCUGCUGAUUCUUAAUGAACUUGUGCGAAUAAGCAGCAUGGAGGGAGAGCGAAUGCGUGAGGAAAUGGAGGAGAUCACGCAGCAGCAGAUAGUUCAUGAUAAGUACUGUAAAGAGUUGAUGGGUUUCGGCACAAAGCCUCGUCACAUCACUCCAUUCACCAGCUUCCAAUCAGUGCAGCCACAGCAAUCUAAUGCUCUGCUGGGUCUGCUGGGCUACAGCACGCCACAGGGCUUCAUGACCUUUGGAGCUAUGCCUGUUCCUUCCAAGAGCACGCUAGUGGAGAGCCGGUACUGCAGAGAACUGAUGGAAGAACGCUUUGACCAGGUGUGUCGUUGGGUGCUGAAAUACAGGACCAGUAAGAAUCCACUGAUCCAGAUGACUAUUCUUAACCUGCUGCCUCGACUCGCUGCCUUCCAGCCUCAUACAUUCACUGAUCAGUAUUUACAGGACACAAUGGGUCACCUGCUGGGCUGUCUAAAGAAAGAGAAGGAACGUACAGCAGCAUUUCAAGCGCUGGGGCUGCUGGUGGUGGCCGUGAGGGCAGAGAUUCAGCCCUUUCUCACAAAGAUCCUGGAGAUCAUCAAAGCUGCACUACCACCUAAAGAUUUUGCACACAAGAGGCAGAAGACCAUGCAGGUGGAUGCCACUGUGUUCACUUGCAUCAGUAUGCUGUCUAGAGCCAUGGGCCCCAGCAUCCAACAGGACGUCAAGGAACUCUUGGAGCCCAUGCUAGCUGUUGGCCUCAGUCCUGCUUUGACGGCAGUGCUGUAUGACCUGAGCCGUCAGAUCCCACAGCUGAAGAAGGACAUCCAGGACGGGCUGCUGAAGAUGCUGUCUCUGGUUCUCAUGCACAAGCCUCUGAGACACCCGGGCAUGCCCAAGGGCCUGGCAUAUCAGCUGGCAUCACCCAGCCUCACCAACAUCCCUGAGGCCAGUGACGUGGGCAGCAUCACACUGGCACUGCGCACGCUUGGCAGCUUUGAGUUUGAAGGUCACUCACUGACCCAGUUUGUGCGCCACUGUGCCGAUCACUUCCUCAAUAGCGAGCACAAGGAGAUUCGCAUGGAGGCAGCACGCACCUGUUCGCGUCUCCUCACCCCUUCCAUCCACCUCCUCAGCGGCCAUGGUCAUGUGGUCAGUCAGACUGCCGUGCAAGUGGUUGCUGACGUCCUUAGCAAGUUACUGGUGGUCGGCAUCACUGAUCCAGACCCUGAUAUUCGUUACUGUGUUCUGGCAUCUCUGGACGAGCGUUUUGAUGCUCACCUGGCUCAAGCAGAGAACCUGCAGGCUCUGUUCGUGGCUCUGAAUGAUGAAGUGUUUGAGAUCCGUGAACUGGCCAUCUGCACUAUCGGCCGUCUCAGCAGCAUGAACCCUGCAUUUGUCAUGCCCUUCCUGCGCAAGAUGCUCAUUCAGAUCCUGACUGAGCUGGAACACAGUGGUGUGGGCCGAAACAAAGAGCAGAGCGCCCGCAUGCUGGGUCACCUGGUGUCCAACGCCCCCAGACUCAUUCGGCCGUAUAUGGAGCCCAUUCUUAAAGCCCUCAUCCUGAAGCUGAAAGAUCCAGACCCCAACCCUGGAGUCGUCAUCAGUGUUUUAGCGACAAUCGGUGAACUUGCUCAGGUGAGUGGACUGGAGAUGAGGAAAUGGAUGGAUGAGCUCUUCCCCAUCAUCAUGGAUAUGCUGCAGGACUCCUCAUCAUUGGCCAAGAGACAGGUGGCUCUUUGGACUCUGGGUCAGCAGGUAGCAAGCACUGGGUAUGUGGUGGAGCCUUACAGAAAGUACCCAUCUCUACUGGAAGUGCUGCUCAACUUUCUGAAGACAGAGCAGAACCAGGGCAUUAGAAGAGAGGCAAUUCGUGUUUUAGGCCUGCUUGGAGCUCUGGACCCCUACAAACACAAGGUGAACAUCGGUAUGAUCGACCAAUCGCGUGACGCCUCGGCCGUCAGCCUCUCUGAGUCAAAGUCCAGCCAAGAUUCAGCUGACUACAGUACCAGCGAGAUGCUGGUUAACAUGGGUAACCUGCCACUAGAUGAGUUCUACCCAGCAGUCGCCAUAGUGACUCUGAUGCGUAUCCUACGUGACCCGUCGCUAUCCAAUCACCACACCAUGGUUGUGCAGGCGGUCACUUUCAUCUUCAAAUCGCUUGGACUGAAAUGUGUCCAGUUCCUGCCACAGGUCAUGCCCACCUUCCUCAAUGUCAUCAGAGUGUGUGACGCUAGCAUCAGAGAGUUCCUGUUCCAGCAGAUGGGAAUGGUUGUGUGCUUUGUCAAGAUCCACAUACGGCCGUACAUGGAUGAUAUCUUCACACUGAUCAGGGAAUAUUGGACUCCAAACAACCCGAUGCAGAAUACCAUCAUACUGCUGAUCGAGCAGAUUGUGGUGGCUCUUGGUGGAGAAUUCAAACUCUACCUGCCUCAGCUCAUCCCACAUAUGCUGCGAGUCUUCAUGCAUGACAACAGCCCUGGACGCAGUGUCACAAUCAAGCUGCUCAUGGCCAUACAGCUGUUUGGAGCAAACCUGGACGAUUACCUGCAUCUGCUGCUCCCGCCCAUAGUUAAACUGUUCGACGCACCUGAUGUCCCAUUGCAGGCACGCAAGGUUGCCUUAGAGACUUUAGAUCGCUUGACAGAGUCUUUAGAUUUCACGGAUUAUGCCUCCAGAAUUAUUCACCCCAUCGUACGCACACUCGAUGUCACCCCAGAGUUGCGCAACACCUCUAUGGACACGCUGUCCUCACUGGUGUUUCAGCUUGGCAAAAAGUACCAGAUCUUCAUCCCCAUGGUGAAUAAAGUGAUGUUGAAGCACCGCAUCAACCACCAGCGCUACGAUGUGCUCAUUUGUCGAAUCGUGAAGGGUUAUACUCUAGCAGAGGAGGAGGAAGACCCUCUAAUAUUUCAGCACAGACAAUUACGUGGUAAUCAAAGUGACACUUUGGUUAGCGGCCCAGUUGAAUCGGGGCCGAUGAAGAAAUUGCAUGUCAGCACAACUGCACUUCAGAAGGCAUGGGGAGCAGCCAGGAAGGUGUCCAAAGAUGAUUGGCUGGAGUGGUUGAGACGCCUCAGCGUUGUCUUGCUGAAGGAAUCGUCCUCACCUGCCCUACGCUCUUGCUGGUCUCUGGCCCAAACAUAUAUACCACUCGCUAGGGAUCUUUUUAAUGCAGCCUUCCUGUCGUGCUGGUCAGAGCUAAGUGAAGAUCAGCAGGAUGAGCUGAUCCGCAGCAUUGAGCUCGCUCUGACAUCACAGGACAUUGCUGAGGUCACACAGACGCUGCUCAACCUCGCAGAGUUCAUGGAGCAUAGUGACAAGGGGCCGCUUCCCUUGAGAGAUGACAAUGGGAUUGUUCUGUUGGGGGAGAGAGCUGCUAAAUGUCGGGCCUACGCCAAGGCCCUGCACUACAAGGAACUGGAGUUCCAGAAGGGCCCAUCACCUCUUAUUUUAGAGUCUCUGAUCAGUAUCAACAAUAAGCUUCAGCAGCCUGAGGCCGCGUCAGGAGUGCUGGAAUAUGCCAUGAAGCACUUUGGAGAACUGGAGAUUCAAGCCACCUGGUAUGAGAAACUCCAUGAGUGGGAAGAUGCUCUGGUCGCCUACGAUAAAAAAAUCGACAUGAACAAAGAUGAUCCAGAGCUUAUUUUGGGUCGCAUGAGAUGUCUGGAGGCACUUGGUGAAUGGGGUCAGCUGCACCAGCAGUGUUGUGAGGAGUGGACUCUGGUCAGCGAGGAGACUCAAGCCAAGAUGGCACGCAUGGCAGCAGCUGCCGCAUGGGGACUGGGUCACUGGGACAGUAUGGAAGAGUACACUUGCAUGAUCCCAAGAGAUACCCAUGAUGGAGCCUUCUACAGGGCAGUGCUUGCGCUACACCAGGACCUCUUCUCAUUGGCUCAACAGUGUAUCGAUAAAGCCAGAGAUCUGCUGGAUGCUGAACUCACGGCCAUGGCAGGAGAGAGUUACAGCAGAGCAUACGGGGCUAUGGUGUCGUGUCAGAUGCUGUCCGAGCUUGAGGAGGUGAUCCAGUAUAAACUGGUUCCCGAGAGGAGAGACAUCAUCAGGGAGACAUGGUGGGAGAGACUACAGGGCUGUCAGCGUAUUGUAGAGGAUUGGCAGAGGAUCCUAAUGGUGCGCUCUCUGGUCAUCAGUCCACAUGAGGACAUGAGGACAUGGCUGAAGUACGCCAGCCUCUGUGGAAAGAGCGGACGGCUGGCACUGGCUCAUAAAACCCUUGUUCUCCUGCUGGGUGUGGAUCCAUCCAAACAGCUUGAUCACCCGCUGCCCACUGCCCACCCGCAUGUCACCUACGCUUACAUGAAGUACAUGUGGAAGAGCACCCGAAAGAUCGAUGCUUUUCAGCACAUGCAGCACUUUGUGCAGGGAAUGCAGCAGCAAGCACAACAUGCCAUUGCAGCUGAAGACCAGCAGCACAAACAAGAGCUGCACAAACUAAUGGCACGGUGUUUUCUGAAGCUGGGAGAGUGGCAGCUCAGUCUUCAGGGUAUCAAUGAGAGUACGAUACCUAAAGUCUUACAGUAUUAUAGUCACUCAACGGAACAUGACCGCAACUGGUACAAGGCCUGGCACGCUUGGGCAGUCAUGAACUUUGAGGCCGUACUUCACUACAAGCACCAGAACCAAGGCCGCGACGAGAAGAAGAAACUACGACACACUAGCGGCACCAGUGCCAAUGCCAACAGCGAAGCCAGUAAUAGUGACAGCGAAGUAGACAGCACAGAACACAGUCCCAUACCCUCACCCGGACAGAAGAAAGUCAAUGAGGAUUUGUCCAAGACUCUGCUUCUCUACACAGUGCCUGCAGUGCAGGGUUUUUUCCGAUCUAUUUCACUCUCACGUGGAAAUAACUUACAGGACACACUGAGAGUCCUGACCUUAUGGUUUGACUACGGCCACUGGCCUGAGGUGAAUGAAGGUCUAGUGGAGGGUAUAAAGACCAUUCAGAUAGACACCUGGUUACAGGUGAUCCCUCAGUUGAUCGCUCGGAUCGAUACCCCACGUGCACUGGUGGGACGUCUCAUUCACCAGCUGCUCACUGACAUCGGACGCUACCACCCACAGGCUUUGAUUUAUCCUCUCACUGUGGCCUCAAAGUCCACCACCACUGCUCGCCACAAUGCUGCCAACAAGAUCCUGAAGAACAUGUGUGAGCACUGCAACACACUCGUCCAGCAGGCCAUUAUGGUGAGUGAGGAGCUGAUCAGGGUGGCCAUUCUGUGGCAUGAGAUGUGGCAUGAGGGACUGGAGGAGGCAUCCCGUCUGUACUUUGGAGAGAGGAAUGUCAAGGGAAUGUUUGCCGUGCUGGAGCCCCUUCAUGCCAUGAUGGAGAGAGGACCACAGACUCUGAAAGAAACAUCCUUCAAUCAGGCUUAUGGGCGCGACCUGAUGGAGGCGCAGGACUGGUGCAGGAAGUACAUGCGGUCAGGCAACGUGAAGGACCUGACACAAGCCUGGGAUUUGUACUACCACGUGUUCCGCAGGAUCUCCAAACAGCUUCCACAGCUCACUUCUCUAGAACUUCAGUACGUCUCUCCUAAACUCCUCAUGUGUCGUGACCUAGAGUUGGCUGUGCCUGGAACAUAUGACCCAAACCAGCCAAUCAUACGCAUCCAGUCGAUUGCUCCCUCGCUGCAGGUCAUCACCUCCAAACAGCGGCCACGCAAACUCACCAUAAUGGGAAGCAAUGGUCACGAGUUCAUGUUCCUCCUGAAGGGUCAUGAGGACCUACGGCAAGACGAGAGGGUCAUGCAGCUGUUUGGCUUAGUGAACACUUUGCUGGCCAAUGACCCCGCUUCCUUACGCAAGAACCUGAGUAUUCAGCGCUAUGCAGUGAUCCCACUCUCCACUAAUUCUGGUCUGAUUGGCUGGGUUCCUCACUGUGACACACUGCACGCACUGAUUCGAGAUUAUCGUGAGAAGAAGAAGAUCCUGCUCAACAUUGAACACCGCAUAAUGCUCAGGAUGGCCCCUGACUACGAUCACCUGACUCUGAUGGAGAAGGUGGAGGUUUUUGAGCAUGCAGUGAACAACACAGCAGGAGAUGAUCUGGCCAAACUGCUCUGGCUCAAGAGUCCCAGUUCAGAGGUGUGGUUUGACAGGAGGACUAACUACACCCGCUCACUGGCCGUCAUGUCUAUGGUUGGAUAUAUAUUAGGGCUUGGUGACAGACACCCUUCCAAUCUGAUGUUAGACAGACUCAGUGGAAAGAUACUGCAUAUCGAUUUUGGGGAUUGUUUUGAGGUUGCAAUGACAAGAGAGAAAUUCCCUGAGAAAAUACCAUUCAGACUGACCCGGAUGUUAACCAAUGCCAUGGAGGUGACCGGGUUAGAUGGUAACUACCGCAUUACAUGUCACACAGUGAUGGAGGUUUUGCGAGAGCACAGAGACAGUGUAAUGGCUGUGCUGGAGGCCUUUGUCUAUGACCCCUUACUCAACUGGAGACUCAUGGAUACAAACACUAAAGGAAACAAGCGCUCCAGGACCAGAACUGACUCCUACACAGCAGGACAGUCCGUCGAAACCAUGGAGGGUAUAGAUCUGGGAGAAACCACCCACAAAAAACCUGGAACCACAGUGCCUGAAUCCAUUCACUCCUUCAUUGGUGAUGGCCUCGUGCAGCCUGAAGCCUUGAACAAGAAAGCCAUCCAAAUUAUCAACAGAGUCCGUGACAAACUCACUGGGCGAGACUUUUCACAUGAUGAGACUCUGGAUGUCCCAACUCAAGUGGAGCUGCUCAUCAAACAGGCAACUUCACAUGAAAACCUGUGCCAAUGUUACAUUGGAUGGUGCCCUUUUUGGUAGAGCUUCGUCUUUUUCCUGAUUUCUUUUUCCUGUUAAAUUCUCCUUAUGGCAUGUUUGAUAAACCUAAAAGAAUUUCAAAGAUGUCAGAUUUCUGUUCAUGAACUAUAUCUAUGAAUUUGUAAACAAGCUCCCAGUAAGAUACUGAAUGAAAUCAGGUUGUUUUGGUAAAAAAUAUAUAAUUUCUUUGCUAGUAAAUUUUUGAAAGUUGUGUCUGUCCAUGUCACUUCAACCUCAGCAAAUCACUGAUAAAUCAUGACUAUGAAGAGUAAUAUUUUUCAGUUGUGUUGUACAUUUACUGCUUAUGUUUAAAAUAAUUUUAACCAGUUGCUAAUCUUCUAUUGUUGCCUGUCACUGCUUAAGCCAGCUUCACACUAGCGAACUCCAAACAACUCUAUUUUGCCCAUAGGUUUCACACUUGCUGACUGUCUUGCUGAGAUCUCACUUGCUUCAGUUUGAGAUAUGUCACACUUGCCGAUAGUCAAGUCAGAUUUAUUUGUUUAGCGCUUUUCACAACAGAUGUUGUUUCGAAGCAGCGGUACAGGAAAUUACGCUAUAACAGAAAAUUUAUGAAUAUAAUGCCAAUAUUAGUUAUUUAUGUUUAGAACUAUUUGUGGUUAAAAUUAGUUAACCAAGGAAGUGAUGGAUAAACAAAAUUAUUUUAUACGAACUAUUUGUUUUAGUGUUAUAUUCCUUGAAGUCAUCCCGAAUUACAAAUACACGUUGAUGCAUUGUCCUUUGAUUUUGGCAGAUGAAGGCUUUUGUAAGCAGUUAAUUAAUUUUCUAUGCAGUUUUUUUCUAUUUGCAAUUUUUUUAAGAGAGUGUUGUCCCUCAUUUGACCAAAAUGAUAUAGGUAUCAUUCAGUGAGGAGCAUCGCAGCCUGGCUGGAAGCUUAUGCCAGGUAAUUUUGGUGAACUCUAUCCUGAGCCCAUGCUUCAGACAUUGGCUCAUGAAGAAUGCCAUGUCUUUGAGUUUGCAUCAAUUCAUCCUCUGUGAAGCCCAUCUUAGUAGACUGAAGUGAAGUCUGGCUGGCACAUGCUGCAGUUGGUCAUCAUCGCUCAGCAACAUGUAGCAGUGUGAGUCGGACAUCUGGCAGGCUCUGGUAACCUCAGGAUAUAUAUCCUGAUGUUUAGACAGGGAAAUAAAUAGAAUAAAAUUAGCGUAUAUGCCAUUCACUUUAAAGCAGGGUUAAAGAAUAAGAGAAAUGUUUCCUGUUCCCGUAGACCUAACUAAAGCAGCAUAACUAUGAAUUGAGGGAUAAAUUAGGUGUAUGCCUGGCCAAAUAGAAAUGUCUUUAGUCUAGACUAAAAUUGAAAGCGUGUGUCUGAGUUCUGAAGACUAUUCCAUAGUUUAGGAGACAAAUAUGAAAAUGAUCUCCCUCCUUUUGUUGAUUAUGUAAAUAAAGCUUACACCUGAAAAAUUGCCUGAAAAUUGGCUAGUGUGACUGGCUUUAUUCUGUCAUUUUAUUGAAAAAGAACUAGCUGGGUGAAUCUAAUAAAAGCUGUCAGGAAAAUGCCUGGAUUAUUUUGCACCUCAAUUUCAAAACAAUUUAUAUUUUGCAUAAAGAAAAUUAAGCCUUUUUCACAACCAUUAUUUUUUGCAUUGUGGCAUUAUUUUCAUGACCAUUAAGUGCAAAAACCCCUCACUUUCAGAAGCCUAAUGUAAUAGUUAUUUAUGUAAUAUGAAAAGAUAACUAUAUUUUAUUUUAAUUGUAAGGUAAAUAUUUCCCAUUACAGUAACGAGAAUGUAUUUUAAUUACAUUUCUUUGAAAGAUUAUCCAACUAUCAUUUACAUUUUUUUUGUUUUACUCACUGAUUCAAAGGUUUAGCCACAAGACUUAAACAAUAUGCAUAUUAACAUCAUGUUUGAUAAAAUCACUUACUAACCUUUUCUGUGUAAAGUUAUAGCCAAUUUUACAGCUUCGUUGCCAUGACGAUGUAAUGUCAUCAAAACCUAAAAUCCUAAAAUUAUGAUUUAAGCAACUUUACGAGACAGCUCAAAUAAUACAUUCAUUUUAACAGAAGAAUUCAUGUUAGUGCUUCUAUAAAAUUAUUAUAGACUUCAUAUUUCUGCUUUUAAACCCUCCAAAAAUUGUCCCCGACUUGCCUCACUGUAACCUCCAUUUAUUAUUUUUUAUCAUUUUUUUUAAGAAGAGGAUGGAUGAGUCUAAAUAAAUGUUUGGGCUAAUCCGCAUUAUGCUACAAAUUCUGUCGAUGACCUUAACUUGUAUAGAACCCAGAACAUUCCUUUUAACAGUUGCUUAAGUUCAUAAGUGUUAUUAAUUCAUGCUUGCAGGAUCAAAUGACUAAAAUGGAAAGUUAAUACAUUUGAAUGUCUUAUUAAUAUUGAAGAAUUGUGCCAAUUGCAAGGAUUGCCAUUAAAUAAACAAACACUUUUUACCUGGCAAAUAUAAUAACAAAAUAAAGGUAUGUAUUCUUGGGUCUGACCAAGAGAUGUAUUUAACUUCCGGCUGAUUGGAAUGGUUGAACAGCUAAAUCUUUGGGUUCAGCUGAACUGUACUUUAUAAUCGAGGUGUGGAUGAUAUCUGUGUCUUGCCCUGAAUAUUAAAUG